AUGUCUCUGCCUGUCAGGAAUUUAAAGUGUCUUUCUCCGGUCAUGUGCCAGUGUAAGGUCAUCUGCAGCAACCGGACCCUCUCUCUUAUGUUCGGGUGCAAGAAGUACAGGUACCAGGAUGAGGAGACGCCCCCCUUGGAGCACAGUCCAGCACAUCUGGCUCAAGGGAAAAGUGCAGAAAUGCUUCAUAUGAGUGACAAAAACCUUGCUGCCAUGGAGGCCAUACAUGGCUACACGCCACACACGCAUAUCUCACCUGUCAAGCCUGUGUUGAUGUCUACGGGACACACUCCAAUGUACACCUCCGCUGUUUCCACACUGGGAAACACUCCUCCAGUGGUCGUGAACACUGACACACUCGAUGGCUCCCCAUAUGUGAAUGGGACAGAAGGCGAAAUCGAGUAUGAGGAAAUCACACUGGAGAGAGGUAACUCAGGCCUGGGUUUUAGCAUAGCAGGGGGAACAGACAACCCCCAUGUGGGCGACGACCCCAGCAUCUUCAUCACCAAAAUCAUACCUGGAGGAGCCGCAGCUCAGGAUGGACGGCUGAGUGUGAAUGAUUGCAUCCUAUUUGUGAAUGAUGUUGACGUGAGGGAGGUGACACAUAGCCAAGCUGUGGAGGCUCUUAAGGAGGCAGGUGCUAUCGUCCGCCUCUACGUUCUCCGCAGAAAACCAGCAGCGGAAAAAGUUACUGAAAUCAAACUCAUCAAAGGGCCUAAAGGAUUAGGUUUCAGCAUUGCUGGAGGAGUGGGAAACCAGCACAUACCAGGAGAUAACAGCAUCUAUGUCACUAAGAUCAUUGAAGGCGGCGCGGCUCAUAAAGACGGGCGUCUGCAGAUUGGGGACAAGAUCUUUGCGGUGAAUAAUGUGUGUCUGGAGGAUGUGAUGCAUGAGGAUGCGGUGGGGGCUCUGAAGAACACAGCCGAGGUGGUGUACCUCAGGGUGGCCAAGCCCAACAACCUGUUCCUGACCAACUCUUACAACCCUCCAGACCUCACCAGCACAUAUUCCCAUAUGGAUACCGAACUCAGCCACCCGAACUAUCUCGGAUCAGAUUACCCGCAAGCCCUGACUCCCACCUCACCAAGUCGGUUUUCUCCUGUUCUGCAUGGGAUGAUGGGAGAUGAUGACAUUCCCAGAGAGCCUCGUCGAGUUUUGAUCCACCGAGGCUCUACAGGUCUGGGAUUCAACAUCGUUGGAGGAGAGGAUGGUGAGGGAAUCUUUAUCUCCUUCAUCCUGGCAGGCGGUCCGGCUGACCUCAGCGGGGAGCUGCACAAAGGCGAUCAGAUCCUCAGUGUAAAUGGUGUGGACCUGCGUAUGGCCACACAUGAACAGGCAGCUGCGGCACUGAAGAACGCUGGCCAGACAGUUACUAUCAUCGCACAGUACCGGCCCGAUGAGUACAGUCGUUUUGAGGCUAAGAUCCAUGACUUGAGGGAACAGCUGAUGAACAGCAGCAUGGGCUCUGGGACAACAACGCUAAGGAGUAACCCAAAGAGAGGCUUCUACAUCAGGGCUCUUUUUGACUAUGAUAAGACUGCGGACUGUGGUUUCCUCAGUCAAGCACUGGGAUUCAAGUUUGGAGACGUGCUGCACGUGUUGGACUGCGGAGAUGAGGAGUGGUGGCAGGCCCGUAAGGUCAGCCCGCAGAAUGAGGCUGAAGAGGUUGGCUUCAUCCCCAGCAAGCACAGGGUGGAAAGAAAAGAUUGGUCUCGUGUUAACACCAAAGAGAGGGACCUUGGUCGAGACAGCUUGGGCACACAAGGGAGAGAUAAAACCUCACACAGUUAUGAGACAGUUACCCAAGUGGAAGUACAUUAUGCAAGGCCCAUCAUCAUUCUGGGUCCCGUGAAGGACAGGAUAAAUGAUGACCUGUUGUCUGAGUUCCCUGAUAAGUUUGGAUCUUGUGUCCCACACACCACGCGACCCAAGAGGGAGUAUGAGGUGGAUGGGCGAGACUAUCACUUUGUCUCCUCCAGGGAGCAGAUGGAGAAGGACAUCCAGAGCCAUCGGUUCAUCGAGGCUGGCCAAUACAACAGUCACCUGUACGGCACAAGUGUCCAGAGUGUCCGUGAGGUGGCUGAACAGCAGGGGAAACACUGCAUCCUGGAUGUCUCGGCCAAUGCUGUGCGCAGACUACAAGCAGCUCAGCUUCACCCAAUUGCCAUCUUUGUGCGGCCCAAGUCGCUGGAGAAUGUCCUAGAAAUCAACACUCGCCUGACGGAGGAGCAGGCCAGGAAAGGAAUGGACCGAGCCCUCAAACUAGAACAAGACUUCCUAGAGUGUUUUACCGCUGUCGUAGAAGGGGACAGCUUUGAAGAGGUCUAUCACAAAGUAAAGACAGUGAUUGAGGAGCAAUCAGGGCCUUAUAUCUGGAUCCCCACUCGGGAGAGGCUGUGAUGCUGCACCCGCUCGACCACCGCUCCCCUCACAACUACCAACCAACCACCACCCUUCACCCUCACAGCCAAGCCAGCCUCGCCUGCCUGUCUGUCCUCCAGCAAAGUCAGUGCUUAGGCAAUCACUGAGAAUGACACAGAGAGACAAACGCGUACUAAGACAAACACAGAGACAGAGAAAAACACAGGAAGUGACACAGCGAGGCAAAGAACGAUACCAAAAAAAAAAAAAAGAGAGAGACUCUGACACAGAUGUAAAUGCAGUGAUGUAUAAAGAGACUGAAAUAAAAGACUAAAUCAGUAUCCCACUUUAAUGAAGUUGACCCUGUUCACACUUAGCAUUAAAAUGCAUCUUGGAUACAAGUGGACAGCUCUAGAUACAGCUGUGACUGCACCCUAAACUGGGGGCACAAAUAUCCUGAACACAGUUAAUAACUUGUGUAUAUGUAACGUGGUUAACCUGUGUUUGGAUACAGGUGCAAUUUCUCACCAGAUAGGAAGCAAAUAAAGUGAGAUCCGGUCACGAGUGACUAUUUGAGGUGGAUUUCAGUUGCAUUUUGAUGCCGGGUGUGAACUGCAGCCCAUGUCACCUGGAGCUCAACGCAGUCUAGAUAUAUGUGGACAUGAGACAUUAAUUCUGAGCAGGGCUUGAAAGAAAAUAAAGGAUGACCUUGCAGAGAUGGACCGUGAGGUAGUAUCACCUCACCUACAGAGUCAUCUCAAGUCUCAUGCUGACAUUGAACACCUCAGUGCACCAAUGUCUGAGAUGGAGGUGCCCCAACAGACACUGGUCACUCUUUUUAUAUCGCCUCUUGGCUUUCUGUCCUCCUCCUCCUGCCAGGUCUGCCUUGUUUCAAGACAGGAAUGGGGAAGACCGAGAACAGGGGGCCCAAAUCCAGCUGAGUCCCACGUGACCAGGAGUCCUUUCUCAGCAAAGACCCCAUUUUUCUUUUUCUUUUUUUUUUUUUUUGGUUUUUUGUGAAUUUCAUCUUGUUUUCUGGGUGGGAACUCAGAAUAACACCUCAGUGACCAAGACUGACAUUCGUUUGGUCACCCAUGUUGAAUAUCGCAAGGCAUUAUUUAAAGGCAGUUCAAAUAAUUAUAUUGCUAAAAACUCAUACGCUGAAUUUCUGCAUGCAUCCUCAAAGACGAUGGAGACAGGAGAGAAAAACAAAGGAAAAAAUAAUAAAAAGAAAGGCAAUGAAGUGGAGGAGUUUUUUUUAGCAUGUCUCAAGAAGGAAAAAGAGAAGGGAGACAUGAUCAUGUGAUAUGGUUAUGAGAGGCCAGUGCUGAGCAUACUAGAUGCUGUGGCAUAUAGUUUAGCCUCUACUCUCUUAUGCACACAUACACAUUCAUGCACCCACACACAAACGCAUACACCCCCUCACAUCCUUACAGCGGCACACACACAGACACACACAGACACACAAUCGUAGGGUCAUAAACUCAGCUGUAACCUAGCACACUCCUCUACAGGGGGAUUGGCUGUUCUGACCUGCUAGUCAGAAUCCAGGAUGAAUGUUAUCUCUCUAGGCACAAACAGCAGAGCUCUUAGCUUCAUCGCACCACAGCAAACUCAUCGGUCAUUCUUCCAAAAGAUACCCUCAGCCGCAGACGUACACACUGUCUCCAGUGGUCGCAGUAAAAGCCAUGGCAUGUGUGUAUGUGUCUGUGUGCGUUUAGGUGUGCGUGUAAGUGCGUGUGCGUCUCUGCGUGUGCACGGUUGUGCACAUUCACGCGCGGGGACUCCUCUGUGUGGGAGGAAUAGGUCCUUUUAUCCUCUCUCUCUUCCAGUUUUCUCUGCUUCUUUCUCCCUCUUGUGUCCACACAAAUUAAAGCUAAGUCAUGUUUAACAAAUAAAUAGCUUAUAUAUAUAAAUAUAUAUAUAUAUAUAUGCAUAUAUAUCUUUUUUAUGACAAUUUCUAACGGGACUAAGUCUGUAAAAAUCAACAUUUCCAAAUGAUAUUCCAUAGAUUUUUUUGGGGGGGGGGAAAUAUUGCAGUUUGGUUGUUGAAUUUACACACAUUCCCACUCUCCUGUUGCAAAGCGCAGCAAAAAGCUACAAACAAAUAACUGAACCAUUCAAGUCAAUAUAAAGCAGACCUCACACAAGAGCUUUGAACUGACAAUACGUGACGUGUUCUUGUGCGCGCUGAAGACAAACUGAAACAUGUGCAAUGCAGCGGCGUGCGUCUGUGUGACUGUGUGCGUAUGUGUUUGCUGCUUGUGUGUGAGAGUAGCAAGAAAGUGCGUGUUAUGUAUAAAAUAUUAAGUGAUAUUAUAUGAGAGCAUCCAUCCUUAUGGUUAUAAUGUGUAAAGCAUAGAAUGGGUGGGGCGCGCGUGUGUGCGUGUGUGUGUGUGUGUAUGCAUGUGAGUGAGAGAGUGAGAUACGCACAUGAAGAUGUUGUGCAAUACUGCUAUGAUGUUAUGCAAUGAAGAUGGUUUUAUGUGUCUCAGAUUAAAACAGUAUAAAGUUUGCACUGACGGCAUUAUAUGCUACAGAUAUCGGCAGGAUAAAGAUGGCGAGUGAAAGCAGUAGGACGUCAUGAUUUUAAGAGCAUGUGUUUGUAUUUACUUAUGAUUUGUUCUGAACUAAAAGAGUAAAGGUGGAAGUAUUGAUUGAAGUGACCAUUCAUAUUUAUUGUUUACUUUAUGCUCACUUGCUUCUGUCGGCUCAGUUUGGAAUAGCCGGAGCUUGUGAAUGACAAGUAUCGAUUCCUGUUUGAUUUUGAUUUUUUUUUAAUGAUUUUAUUAUUUAUUCUGAACUGUCACUGGUUCCAUCACAUGUAUGUAUAUUUUUGUAUUUUUUCACAUUGAGAGAAUUCUUGGAUCUUGGCCAGAAAUGCUGUAAAUAUAAUGUUGGAGUUGUUGGAGUGCCGUGUGGCUUUAGGUUUAGCCGUUCACACUGCUGCAUUGGUGCAAGUGCGGCAUCCAUUAGAGCCACAGCCCAGUUUAACUGCUCAAACACAGAAACAACACACACGAAGAUAUCCGCACGUCCACACAUGCAUUUACAUUUACACAUUGAGAGAAAUCACAAAAGCUACGACACGCUACAACACAUCCAUGAAUUGAAUAAUAUGUUUUCAAUUUCUUUAUUUGAGGGUUCAGUGUAUUUCUUAAUAUCUCUCUCAGCCAUCCUUAUCAUAGUGUGAUAUUCCUUAUAAAGUAUAUGAAUUUUUACAGAAAAGACUGAUUACAAAGUUACAACAGAGUCAACUGAUGCAGAAAAAUAUAUUUAACAAUGACAGUAUCAAGCAAAAUAAAAUGUUCCAGUUCAGUGA